AUGGAUAAUGGUUGCAGUAAUUGGCCACUGGAUUUUGAAACAAAAAAGGCAUACACUUUCAAAGUAGAAGCCUCAAAUGUGCACCUUGACCAUCGCUUUCAUUCUGUGGGUCCGUUCAAAGACACAGCAACUGUGAAGAUAAAUGUCCUGGAUGUGGAUGAGCCUCCGGUUUUCAGCAAACCAUUUUAUACCAUGGAGGUAUAUGAAGAUACUCCAGUUGGGACCAUUAUAGGAGCCGUGACUGCUCAGGACUUGGACAUUGGAAGCAGUGCGGUCAGGUACUUCAUAGACUGGAAGAAUGAUAUGGAUAGCUACUUUACUAUAGAUGGAAUGGAAGGAACUAUUGCCACAAAUGAGUUACUUGAUAGAGAGAAUACUGCGCAGUACAAUUUUUCAAUAAUUGCAAGUAAAGUUAGCAAUCCACUCUUGACCAGCAAAGUUAAUGUCAUCAUAAAUGUCUUGGAUGUCAAUGAAUUUGCUCCAGAAAUUACAGUACCCUAUGAAUCUUAUGUGUGUGAAAACGCACGGCCGGGACAGGUAAUUCAGGUUAUUGGUGCGGCAGAUAAGGAUUUGUCUCCUCCUGGGCAAAAAUUUUCUUUUCGACUAUCUCCUGAAGUUACUACAAAGCCAAAUUUCACAAUCCACGAUUUCACAAAGAAGAAACGCCAGCAAGGACUUUGAGGACACAUCUGAAGAGAUAGAUGAAUUACUCACUAACCUGACCUUGAAUUCUCAAA